AUCAUGUCAAUACUACCUUCGUUUGGGUUUACCCAGGAGCAAGUCGCCUGCGUCUGCGAGGUCCUGCAACAAGGAGGUAACCUGGAGAGGCUCGGUCGUUUUCUCUGGUCUCUCCCAGCUUGUGACCACCUCCACAAGAAUGAAAGUGUACUGAAAGCAAAGGCGGUGGUCGCCUUCCACCGAGGGAACUUCAGAGAGCUCUAUAAGAUCCUGGAGAGCCACCAGUUUUCCCCGCACAACCAUCCCAAGCUGCAGCAGCUGUGGCUGAAAGCGCACUACGUGGAGGCGGAGAAAUUGCGCGGCCGACCGCUUGGAGCCGUGGGGAAGUAUAGGGUAAGAAGGAAAUUCCCUUUGCCCCGCACGAUCUGGGACGGCGAGGAGACCAGCUAUUGCUUUAAGGAGAAGUCCAGGGGUGUUCUUAGAGAGUGGUACACGCAUAACCCAUAUCCCUCCCCGCGAGAGAAAAGGGAGCUGGCCGAGGCCACGGGACUGACCACUACGCAGGUCAGCAACUGGUUCAAAAACAGACGCCAGAGAGACAGAGCCGCAGAAGCUAAAGAAAGAGAAAACAGCGAAAACAACAACUCCGGCAACAACAAACAGAACCAGCUGUCUCCCCUCGAUGGCGGCAAGUCGCUCAUGUCCAGCUCGGAAGAUGAGUUCUCUCCACCACAAAGCCCUGAUCAGAACUCUGUGCUUUUGCUCCAGGGAAAUAUGAGUCACCCCGGCGUCUCCUCUUACCCUAUGACGGGUCUCGGUGGCGCACAGCCGGUGCAUGGAAUGCACGGACACCCGCACCAACUCCAAGACUCGUUGCUGGGACCUCUAACAUCGAGCCUUGUGGAUCUAGGCUCCUAAAG